UAGCAUUUAAAAAGAAGACCUUUCCAUUGCCUUUUGGAAGGGUUGGAUUUCAUUUCAAGUUUGCUUCGCUUUUAAUCUUGUAUUUGUACUCACAGCCAACCGUGGGCACCACCUGCUUACUCCUCCCCCAGAAGCUCCCUUUUUUGUACACAAAGUAUAUAAGAGAUGGCAGACGGCGAGGAUAUUCAGCCACUCGUCUGUGAUAAUGGGACAGGAAUGGUCAAGGCUGGAUUUGCUGGAGAUGAUGCUCCAAGAGCAGUGUUUCCAAGCAUUGUUGGUCGCCCACGUCACACCGGUGUGAUGGUUGGCAUGGGCCAAAAAGAUGCAUAUGUUGGUGAUGAAGCUCAAUCCAAACGUGGUAUUCUGUCUUUGAAAUAUCCAAUUGAGCAUGGUAUCGUGAACAACUGGGAUGACAUGGAGAAAAUCUGGCAUCACACAUUUUACAAUGAACUUCGUGUUGCCCCCGAGGAACACCCUGUCCUGCUCACCGAAGCACCUCUCAAUCCAAAGGCUAAUCGUGAGAAGAUGACUCAAAUCAUGUUUGAGACAUUUAAUACUCCUGCCAUGUAUGUCGCCAUUCAAGCAGUUCUAUCUCUUUAUGCCAGUGGUCGUACUACAGGUAUUGUCCUGGACUCUGGUGAUGGUGUCAGCCACACUGUUCCAAUCUACGAGGGAUAUGCUCUGCCACAUGCUAUCCUUCGUCUCGAUUUGGCAGGACGUGACCUGACCGAUCACCUAAUGAAGAUCUUUAGAGAGCGCGGUUACUCAUUCACCACCACUGCUGAACGAGAAAUCGUGAGGGACGUGAAGGAAAAGCUCUCCUACAUUGCUCUUGACUAUGAACAAGAGAUGGAUACUUCAAAAACUAGCUCCUCUGUUGAGAAGAGCUACGAGUUGCCUGAUGGUCAAGUGAUCACAAUUGGUGCUGAACGUUUCCGAUGCCCAGAAGUCCUUUUCCAGCCUUCAAUGAUCGGAAUGGAAGCUGCGGGCAUUCAUGAAACAACAUACAACUCGAUCAUGAAAUGCGACGUUGAUAUCAGGAAGGAUCUUUAUGGAAACAUUGUACUUAGUGGCGGUUCAACUAUGUUUCCUGGAAUUGCUGAUAGGAUGAGCAAGGAAAUCACAGCACUGGCUCCAAGCAGCAUGAAAAUUAAGGUGGUAGCUCCACCAGAGAGGAAGUAUAGUGUUUGGAUUGGAGGUUCCAUUUUGGCUUCCUUAAGUACCUUCCAACAGAUGUGGAUUGCAAAGGCAGAAUACGAUGAAUCUGGUCCAUCCAUUGUGCACAGAAAAUGCUUCUAAUUAGUUUUAGAUAUGUAAUUCCUAUGUCCUCCUGUAACAGUGGCAAAUAAAUUUUCCAGAAUUGACAGUAAAACCAGAUCUUUCCGUGUAGAUUUUUUGGUUGUGAACUUUGUCAUUUAAUGUAAAUUAUAUUGAAUCAAUUUGUUUUUAAUUA